AUGCAAGUAGUACUGUUUAUUGAUUCAUCACGAUACUCAGUAAUACAUGAUGUGCCUACACAGUUUGCAUUGACAAUAACAGGCAUUACUGAGUAUAUGGCUGCAUUCGACAGUGGACAAUACCAAUGUGUGGUGACUUUCAAUAACAAUGGGGUCAUUAGAUCUGACUUGGUUCACCUCUCCGUAUACGUUGAACUACAAACAUAUACCCCUACCAGUAUUGAGUCUGGUGUAGAGGUACCAGAAGGUGACACUGUAAUAUUCACAUGUACUAGUACGUCUACUGGGUCACCACAAGUUGUACACAGGUGGUUCAGAGGUGGAAUAAGUGAUGCUUCCCUUGUUUCAUCGACAUCCUACACGAGUGGUGACACAGUGACAACGACGUACACGUGGAUGGCAGUAAACGCAGAUGAGGAUGUUCGUUAUUACUGUCAAGCUAAAAACACUCGAUGGUCUGUCAAGUUGGUCAAGUUGGCCCAUUUUUAA